UCCUGUCUCAAUUCCAAUUUAUCCGAUCCCUUUUGUAUCAGACGUUUUCGGUCUUCGCUUGCCUAUCGAUUUCGUGACCGUCUUGCCCAAUUCCGUUCCGAUCGCUUCCGAUCGCCUAAUGCUGGCAGAUCACUAGACCGAUCGCCGGAUAGCCACUGCAACUGGCGCAAGAGGUCGUUGAUUUUGAAAUCCCGGACGCUAUGGUUUUUGGAAUUUGUUUUGAGAUGUUAGAAGCGUGAACAAGAUGGGAGAGUGCAUUCAUAGGAAGGAGAGGUGGAUGUAAGCUUUUUAUGGUUGGUUAAGGAUGAAAAUGGCGGGAAGUACGAGGAUGGAGUCAACUUCAAGCAGUAUGGAUGGAACAAACUUCUCUCCCGCCUAUCAAAAUGGGCAGCGUGGGACACAUUUACCUCCUGGUUUGGAGAGGUCUGGAAGCUUCCGUGAGAACAUGGAGAACCGAAGUCUUUUUGCAGGUCCUGGUACAUUGUGAAAUGCAGCUUCUUCAUCAGAAGUACCAACAGUGUCACAAUAUUUACCAUUAGAUACAUUUUCAUGGGGUGAGCAAAGGUUUUCUCGCACUGGAGAAAUAAGAAGGGUUUUGGGUGUCACAGUGGAGGAUCACACUUUUGGAUCUGCACAGUCAAAACCAAUCCCUCCCAUUGCACCAGAGGAUCUAAGGCGUUUGAAAGGCAGUGUAUAUGAGUCAUCAAACAGAGCACGGGAGAGAUCAAAGUCAUUUCAAGACUUGGCUAUGAAAUUGGACAGAUAUCGCAAUUUGGUCUCACGGAAACGACAAAGAAUGGAUCAGUCAAAUGAGAAGUCAGGCACGUCAAAUCCAAUGAAGAUGGGAAAUCAGACUCAUCAAAGUCCAACAGAACUCGCAAGUCCUAGACUGGAGGACAGAAAGAAUGCAAUACCUAACAAACGUAUUCGCUCCUCGAUGGCGGAAGUACGGUCAGAAGUUCGUGGUGCAAUUCCGCCAAGGCAAGGUGUGGUCGAGAAGGACAGGAAUGUGCUCUUUGAGAAGGAUAAAACUAUGCUUCGGGGUUGUAAUGGAGGAUCUGUUCCUUCAGAAGACAAGAUGUGUGGACUCCCUCCAAUGGGUGAUGGAUGGGACAAAAAAAUGAAAAGAAAACGUUCUGUUGGCCUUAAUAGAGUGAUGGAAAGUGAUAGAGAGAUUAAGUCGAUACAACAGAGACCUAGCAACGAAUCCCGCAUGCGAUCGUCUGAUGCCAUUUCUUUCAGACCUGGCUUGUCUAGUGGAACCACAGUAAGUAACAAGAUGGAUGGUUGUUCCCAACCGAGUGUUUCUAACUCUCGUGGCACACCUAAGAUUGAGCUAGAGAGUGGCUCUGUUCCUAAUGGAAGGCGAGAAUUUUCUAGUGGAGUUGACAAUGAACGAAUCAUGCAUAAAGGCGGCAAUAAGCUAAAUGUUCAUGAUGAUGGUCAAGCUGGAAAUCAAAGUUCCUUGGUAAAAGGGAAAGCAUCGAGGGGACCUAGAACAGUUUUAGGUGCUUCAAUGAACUCAUCACCUAGUUUUCUUCGUUCAUCCGGAAACAUUGAUGGGUGGGAACAAGGUACUGGCGCAAGCAAAGUUCAGUCUUCAACUGUAGCCAAUCGCAAACGACCAAUACCUAAUGAAUCAUCAUCUCCCCCUGUAACUCAAUGGGUUGGUCAGCGGCCACAAAAGAUCUCUAGAACCCGAAGGGUUAAUGUAGUUUCCCCUGUCUCCAAUUUGGAUGAAGCUCAAUUUUUAGCCGAAGGAUACCCAACUCCUGAGGUUGGAGCUAGAAUGACAACAAUGGACAACAGUGGGCUUUUAGUUCCUAGGGUCAUACCCAACAAACUGAAACAUGAUAAUGUCCUUUCUCCUGCUGUAUUGUCAGAAAGUGAGGAAUCAGCUGCUGUUGAAAGCAAGUUUAAGGAUAAGGGAAAUGAUAGUUUUGAGCUAGAAGAUGGUGCACAAACAUCACUUAAAGUGUCAAGUUUUCUUUUGCCUACAAAGAAGAACAAGACUCCUCCAAAAGAAGAGAUUGGAGAUGGAGUUAGGAGACAAGGAAGGAGUGGGAGAAGCUCAGUACAGUCAAAAGCUUGUUUACCAGUAGCAAAGGAGAAAAUGGAAAGUAUUGAUGCAAAUAAACCACUAAAGAACAAAAAGAUGGGUCCUGAAAGGAGUGAAAGGAUAGGUCGCCCUCCUUCAAAGAAGAUGUCUGACCGAAAGGCUUAUGCACGUCCACAAAUCAUGACGAGUGUGUCCUCAGAAUCAGCAGGUUCCAUAUUCGAUGCCAGAACGUCAACUGAUGAUCGUGAUGAUUUACUCGCAUCUGCAAAUGAUGCUCGCAGUGCUAGCUGUAGGUUUAAUCUUAGACAUAUUUUCUUCCAGUAUCAAGUGGAUUUACAUUAUGGUUCAUUGUGCUGCACAUUUGCUUUUUCUUGCUUUGCAGGUAAUGCCUGUUCUAACAGCUCUUUCUGGAAGAAAAUGGAACCUAUUUUUGCAUCUCUGACACUGGAGGAAAUAUCUUUUGUCAAGCAUCAGAUACAUUUUGCCGAGGAGGUAGAUGCAAGUUUAUCUGACUGGCCUGAAACUGACCAUGAGGUUGAGAUUGUUUGUGAUGUGGCUUCACCUCGCUCUUCUUUUGCUAGCAAGCAAACAGAUGCAGUUGGACCAAUCAACAAAACGUUUGGGGCCCUAUAUUCAUUUGAUGGAAAAGAACUUGACAAAACAUUAGUUGGAAGGUCAGAGACAAAAAGAAGGUGCCACAAACUGGUUCCUCUCUCGCAAAGGCUUCUCUCAGCCUUUAUUUCAGAAGACGAGGCUGAAAAGCUUGACAAUGACACUCAAGACGAGAUGUUUUUACUUUACUCAAGUGAUUAUAUUCAUAAUGAUACUGACAGUCAUGUUAUCGAUGAUGACUUGGAGCUUGAUUACAAAAAUCAUAAAAGAAGUCUGGGAGAUGGAUUUGUAGCCUCAAACAACUUCAAGCACUUAAACAUCCAAAAUAUUUUGUUUGGUCAUGAAUCACUUGUGGAAAAUAAUGCUAUCCUAAAAACAGAUAAUGUGGCUCUUUCUGAUUACCUGAAAAAUAAUUGCACUCAGAUCGAGGCAAUGAGCAACUGCCCUUCCUAUGGAUGCCAGUUUGAGGACAUGCCUCUGGAUGAUAGGAUCUUGAUGGAGCUGCAUAGUAUUGGCUUAUUUCCAGAAUCUGUGCCAGACCUUUCUGAUGGUGUGGAUGGAGAAAUUGACAAGGUCAUUUCAGAACUUCAGAUGAGACUGUUACAACAGGUGAGGCAAAAGAAGGAUCGACUGAGCAAAUUAGAGAAAGCAAUUCAGGAUGCUAAAGAAAUUGAAGAGAGAAAACUUGAGCAGCUUGCAAUGGACAAACUAGUUGAGAUGGCAUACAAAAGGCUAACGGGUGGUCGAGGUAGUUCAAGUCAUAAGGCUGGAAUUACAAAGGUUGCAAAACAACUUGCAAUGGCCUUUGCUAAACGAACACUGGAGAGAUGCCAUAUAUUUGAGAAAACUGGUCGAAGCUGCUUCAGUGAAUCAACUUUACGGGAUAUUCUCUUGUCAGGGCCUCCAAACAACAUUGACACUAGCCAUACUGAUGGAUUUGGUUCCAAUAGUUAUGUUGAUUUGCGCAGUGGGGAAUUUGGUGUUCGGCAAACAGGUCUAACGACUGUGAAACAUGGACUUGGUAAAAAGAUGGACCGAGGUCUGUCGGAUCCAUAUCAAAGUGUUCCUCAGAUGGGUGAGCAUGCUGUUACUAAAAGGAAGAAGGAAGUGCUUCUAGAUGAUGUCACAGGCGCUGCUUCUAGAUCCCUAUCCGCUCAUGCUCAUUCUCUGGCAACUAGUACAAAAUGGAAAAAGAGUGAAAGAGACCAGGAACAGAAUAAAGACGCAUCAGGAAGAAGCUCUACUGCUAAAGCCGGUCGUCCAUCAUUAGGCAGCGGUAGAGGCGAACGCAAACUGAAGACAAAACCUAAGCAAAAGAUAGCUCAGUUGUCUACUUCAGGAAAUGGCCUUGGCAGAGUCACAGAGACAGACAGUGUCACGUCACCAGCAUUGCGCGAGGCAUUUGAGACGGUCAACAGUUCUAUUGCUAAAUUUGAUCAAGAAGUUGAAUUGCAAAGUUCAAGUAACAGGGCGCAGAAUUCGUCUAAAGAAUUUGAUGAUGGUAUCUUUACAAAUCUUCCACUUAAUGGGAUAGACCCCAUUGAUGAACUAGAUGUUGCUGAAGGCCUGGGCGGACAAGGCCAGGAUAUUGCAUCCUGGUUGAAUGUCGACGAAGAAGCAUUACAAGAUCAAGAUCUAGUCGGCCUUGAAAUUCCAAUGGAUGACCUUUCAGAAUUGAAGUUGAACUUUUAAAGAAAGCCGACCAUGCUGUAUCUGGAUAUUGAGAAUUCUAGGUCAGACUCCAUUUUCUCAUAACUAACAUGUGAAAUUGUCUACUCCAGGUCGUUAGGAAAAUGUAACUAGGACGUUAUUCUUUGAUAUAAUUUUUGAGUUCUUGGCAGAUCCCAAUUGUUUUCUGUCACCCAGCGCCGUUCGAGUACCAAAUUCCAAAAUCCAUCAAACAUUUGUGUAAAUUCUACCACGUCAUUAUUUUGCAUUAUAUAGCUUGUCUAGUCA